CAAUUUUCUUUGCUGUGACCAAAAGGGAAAAAGGCUAAGAAAUUUGGUUGGGACCGGAGUCUUUAAUCAUAACCACAAUUUUGCCAACUAAGAAACCCCACAAUUCCAGCUUGCUUCCUGUCUUCAACCUCCAUUUUGCUAUUUCUCUCGAAAUCAAACAAAACCCAUUCAUCACCAUAACUCACAUACAGACAUAGACCGCCAUGCUUCUUAAUAUUUAUACAACAUAAUUCCAAAACCCAUUUACCCGUCAAUCCAACUUGUUUGAUUUCUCUCAGAAACAAAGAAAAAGACAAACACAAUAAAAAAGAGAAGACAAAAAAACUCACCAGGUAAAAACUAAAAUAUAUUUUCUGCGAGGAGAUGGGGGCGUACAGAGCAGACGACGAUUAUGAUUACUUGUUCAAGGUGGUUUUGAUCGGUGACUCGGGGGUCGGAAAAUCGAACCUUUUGUCCAGGUUCACGAGGAACGAGUUCAGCCUUGAAUCAAAGUCCACCAUUGGCGUCGAGUUCGCUACCAGAAGCAUUCGGGUCGAUGAUAAGGUCGUCAAGGCUCAGAUUUGGGACACCGCCGGCCAAGAAAGGUAUCGUGCAAUCACAAGUGCGUACUAUCGAGGUGCCGUUGGUGCUUUACUAGUCUAUGAUGUUACUCGUCAUGUUACAUUUGAGAAUGUGGAAAGAUGGCUGAAGGAGCUAAGGGAUCAUACAGAUGCCAACAUUGUGAUCAUGCUAGUCGGAAACAAGGGAGAUCUGCGUCACCUGCGAGCCGUUUCCACCGAGGAUGCUAAGGCUUUUGCUGAACGAGAGAACACAUUUUUCAUGGAAACGUCUGCCCUCGAGUCGAUGAAUGUCGACAAUGCUUUCACAGAAGUGCUGACCCAGAUCUAUCGGGUUGUGAGCAGGAAGGCCCUUGACAUUGGGGAUGAUCCAGCAGCCUUGCCCAAAGGACAGACGAUCAACGUUGGGGGCAAGGAUGAUGUAUCAGCUGUGAAGAAAGUAGGAUGCUGCUCAGCUUAAAUUUUGAGGAAUGGUUCAAGUGGCUUUCAAGGUUCUAUCCCGAGGUCAUGUCUAUACAGAGGUUGACCUGACUCGACGAAAUUGCUUUCUGAACAGAACAUGAACUCUUUGAAACAUUAUGCUUUGGAUACUCGAAAGCUUGCCUAUGUUAGCCAAAACUUUAGGAUGUUAAGAAUAUGUUACUGUUCUUUCCUUUGAUUCAAUUUGAACUACUUGCUUCCCCUUGUGUAUUAUUCUCCUUCCUCGGUUGAGUUUUAUAUAAAGUUCGGUUGUUUGAUCUAAAA